AUGAAGCUCACCUGGGACAUCAACGACCCCAAGCUGCCGCAGGAGCCCAAGCACUUCGACGCCUUCCAGGAGUGGCCCGAUGGCUACGUGCGGCUCAUCUACUCGAGCGAGGAGAAGAACGCGCAGCGGCACCUCAGCGGCUGGGCCAUGCGCAACACCAACAACCACAACUGCCAGAUCCUCAAGAAGUCCUGCCUGGGCGUGGUGGUGUGUGCCCGGAGCUGCGCCCUGCCCGGCGGGGCCAGGCUGCAGCUCCGCCCCGCCAUAUGCGACAAGGCUCGGCAGAAGCAACAAAAGAAAGCCUGCCCCAACUGUAACUCUGCCCUGGAGUUGAUUCCUUGCCGAGGACACAGUGGCUAUCCAGUCACGAACUUCUGGAGGCUUGAUGGAAAAGCAAUAUUUUUCCAGGCUAAAGGAGUCCAUGACCACCCCCGUCCAGAGAGCAAACUGGAGGCAGAGGCAAGAAGAAGUGCAAUUAAGAAGCAAAUGUCCUCCUAUCACCACUCCCAGAAAAAGAGAUCACUAAAUUCAGAAGCAGGAAGAUACCCUGACAGCAGUGGUUACACCAAUAACCUACAGAACUUUCACUGCAUGGAUAGCCCAGAAAGAGCUGGUUUCUUCGCAGACACCAGUUUUUCAAUUCCAGCCCAGUCUUACCCUUCGCUGCCGAACGCAGACCCCUACAAGGCACAUUACGACUCAGCCAGCUUCCAAGAGGACCAGCUAUCACCAUACCCUAAAUGCCCAAAUCCAAGGAUCUACAUGCCCGUGCCAUGCAGUUACGAGUUUGGAGUUCCUACCUUUAUAAGCUCAAGUCCUUACCCAACAUUUUACAAAGAUCUGCCCAGUCCUGCCAUUGAUGCAGACCCCCUCAGUCUGAACGGGUCCCACUACAACGCUGUGACCACCCAUGAUAAGAGCUUUGAUAACCCUGGCAGACAUUACGGACUGAAACCAGCGUGGGGGAAAAGUGGCAGUGGAGACCGGAGUGACUACGGGCAGAUGGCAACAAGUGCUCCUCACCCUUACUACAGUGGGGACUAUCCCUGCAGGUACAGCCCCAGCCCCUCUCCCAUGGCCCCACCGCUGCAGACGGUCAUCACCACCACCACCAAGGUGUCCUACCAGGCCUACAAGCCACCCGCGCUGAAAUACAGCGACAACCUCUGCGACGUGAAGAACCUCCAGAGCUACACCCAUGUGGCAGAAAACAUCUCAGGUGCUGUCUAUUCAGGGAUGAAGAUUCAGGAAGACUUUGGGAUGAUAAAGUCAGCGCUGCUUUACCAGCACGACUCCAUCCCUACAAAAUCCAAACCAGCCGAGGGCAUGGAGAGCUAUCGGUAUGGGCUCCCUCUGGGGAGCAGCUUUGCUGAGCAUGAAGGCCAGGCCCUAAGGUUUGAGAGUGCUGAAUAUUGA